AUGUCCGAGUUAGCCAAUCUCCCAGCCGGUGUUCUUGAACGCAUCAUUUCGAUGGUGGACAAGGAAACUAUCAAGAAUCUACGACUGGCAUGCAAGAAACUGAGCGGCUUCACGAAUCAAAUCGUAUUUCGAUCCGUCUCAUUGUACGACACUCCUAAGAGUUGCCGCUAUCUGCAGUCCAUUCUAGCCCAACCUCAUCUUCGAGAGGAGGUUGUCAAACUGAAUUUGAAUACCGUAGAAGAUGACUACGACACAGACGAAGAAGACGAAGUCGAUCCUCCGCAGGGAUGGGAGGAGAUCUUGGAAAACCUGUCAAUUCUACCAAAUCUUCAAAGCGUAGCUUUGCGCUUCGACAAGAAAUGUGCCACAGACGUGGAUUGUCCCUACAUAUAUGCUCCUCAGACUGAAAAUUAUCGGGCAACUCUCCUGCGAUGGCUAUUUGCAGGUUUGACGGACUUGCCUCGGCCACUAAAAGAGCUCAUCAUUCAAAACCAUCGCAUGUGA